AUGCUGCAGCCUGAGGGUCUCCAAGCCUUGGAGGAAGCCUUGGAGGAAGGGACAGCCCUCACAACCCCACGGAAUGACUGCAUCAUCUGCUACUCUGCCUAUGACCUCUCAACGCACCUGCCCCGCCGCCUCUAUUGUGGCCACACCUUCUGCCAGGCAUGCAUGCGUCGACUAGACACUCCAGCCCAUGAACAGCACUGGAUCCCCUGUCCACAGUGCCGUCAAAGUACCCCUAUGCCCCGCGGAGGGGUGGCCAUGCUGGACUUGGACCUGGCUGCCUUCUUGGCAGUCAAGGCUGAACGGGAACCAUCAAGAAUGGAGCCCCAGUCCCCUGCCCCCCUCAAAGGCAGCACUAUCACUCAGCAGCCAGCUGGACUCUACCCCAUCUUGGGCCCCCAGCCCCACUUUCCUCAGCCCAGACGCUGCUGCUGGGGCUGGGGAAGACUGUGCUGGUACCCCCCUGGGAGCCCUGAGGUUUAA